GAGAACUUCCUCACUCUCAAGUUGUGUCUCGCAUAAGUCAUGUUCAAAUUUUUAUUUUUGAUAUUCUGUUCUGUGUAUGUUACACAUUCGGCUGUAGCUCCAUUCAUUAAAAAAUGUGAAUCUGAUGAUUCAAAAUGCCUAAAAGAAUCUGCUCAAGCGACCAUACCGAUAUUUGUCGAAGGCAUCGAAAAUCUAGGCGUAGAGAAACUCGAUCCCUUUAAUAUUAAAUACUUAGAUGCGAGCUCUCAACUUCUGAAGUUGAUUUUGAAAGACGCUACUGUAAGAGGACUCAGAAAUACUGUUGUGAAAAAGAUACGGCGAAACAAAUUGAAGUCGAAACUAUCCAUAACGCUUCUAUGUUCGGUUGACCUUGAAGGGGAAUACGAACUGGAUGGCCAAGUUCUUAUCCUCCCGAUUCGGGGUAAAGGAAGACUUCACGCUGCAUUAAGGAAGGUUCAAAUAUCAGUGGAAGCUGAUCUUGGCGUAGAAACUGGUGCAGAUGGUGUUCAACAUUGGACGGUGAAAGACUGGAACCAUAAUUACCAGCUCAAAGAUAAAUCGACCUUGGAACUUGACAAUUUGUUUGACGGGAAUGAUGUUCUCGCCCAAGCAGCUAAACAAUUAAUAGCGACCAGCGGAAACGAGAUCAUCCUCGAAGUAGGAUCUCCAAUAGUGAACGCUAUAGCCACUAAGAUUGUUGAAAACGUCAAAAACUUUUUCAAGAACGUCCCAGCUACUGAAUUAGAGAACUGACUUUUCUGUGAAUUCAAA